UGCGCGUUAGGACGAGCCCAACCCGGAAACACUGAGCUCAGAAUCUGUUUAUUACAGUAAAUGUUUUAUUGAAUCAACGCUGGAGGAGGCGAUUUUGCUGUUUGAACUGUAUCUCGUGGUCAUGGUUAUAUCUUUCUCCUGGGCUGUUUAUUUUAUGUUCGUGGUAAGGCUCGUGUUGGCAAGAGUUAUGGUGAAGAACUGAACAGACAUUUCAGGUUUUAACAAGGGUUGAACAUGGACUUCUCCAAGUUCCUUGCAGAUGAUUUUGACGUGAAGGAUUGGGUGAAUGGAGCCUUUAAAGUUGUUCAGAAAGAAGCACCUGGAAAAACAGAUGCACACGCUUCUACUUUGGUCAUGAAACUGCAGCUGUUUAUUCAAGAGGUCAAUAACUCUAUAGAGGAGAGCAGCAAUCAGGCUCUGCAGAAUAUGCCUCGAGUGUUGAGGGACAUUGAGGCUGUGAAACAGGAGGCUUCAUUUUUGAAGGAUCAGAUGAUUUUGGUUAAAGAGGACAUAAGGAGAUUUGAACAGGAUACAGUGCAGUCUAUGCAGGUGUUAGUGGAGAUCGACCAGGUGAAGUCUCGUAUGCAGUUAGCAGCAGACGCUCUACAGGAAGCAGAUAAAUGGAGCACUCUCAGCGCUGACAUCGAGGAGACCUUUAAAACACAGGAUGUAGCUGUGAUCAGCGGUAAACUGGCUGCCAUGCAGGGUAGUUUGGCGAUGUUGGUGGACACUCCGGAUUACAGUGAGAAAUGCGUUCAGCUGGAAGCGCUAAAAAAUCGCCUGGAAGCUCUCGCCAGCCCACAGAUCGUCUCUACGUUCAACUCAAUGUCUACAGAUCAAGCCAAGGUUUUUGUAAGAGUUUUUACAGAAAUGGAUCGAAUGCCGCAGUUGCUGGCGUAUUACUACAAAUGCCACAAGGGGCAGUUGUUAAACAUUUGGGAAAGUUUGUGUCAGUCAGACGCCCCUCUAAAACAGCAGCUCUCUGCGUUUUACGACACGCUGCUGUCAACAUGGCACACACAGUUACAGUGGAGCACUCAGGUGUUUAAAAACCCCUGCGAAGUGGUCACCGUACUGCUGAUCCAGACAUUGGGCGCGAUGUCACCAUCUAUCCCAGAUUGCAUUGCAGCGGCACUAAAGGGUUGCUCUGGCGACUGUCGUCUCGACAUCUUAUUGGAGCUCCAUCAGACGGCGGCUAACUUCGGUCGCAGUCUUGAAGCAGCGAUGCAGCCGCAUCUUGGGGAGUGUAACUUGUUGAAGGUCGGAGAGCUGGUGUCAUUUGUAUAUUCACCAUAUAAGACUUAUCAGAUGCAGUAUGGAGACCUGGAGGAGACAAAUCUGCUGGUCCAACUCAGUGCUGUUCCACUGGAGCGUGGUGAGGUGUUGGACUGUGUUUUGGAGCUCACACACUCCGUGCAGAAGGUCUUUGGUUUGGCAGCCGCUGCUGUCGAUCGCUGCGUUAAGUUUACCGAUGGUCUCGCUGUGUGUGGGCUGAUCAAAGCCCUCCGAGGUCUUUUCAACAAGUACGUGUCAGAUUUUUCUGUCACUCUCCAGUCCAUCAGAAAGAAGUAUAAGUUGGAGGACACGUCAACUUCUGAAGUCUUCACAGAGGAUUGGACGGCAUUCCAGAACUCUGUCAGGAUCAUAGCGACCUGCGGAGAGCUGCUCAGACAAUGUGGAGCUUUUGAACAGCAGCUUUCAAACAAGAUCUUGGGGAGGGCGGGUCGUUUCCUGUGGGAGGGGUUUAACCCCAGGAGUCUGACUGGCUUACAUGAGGGCGUGGGUGAGAGGCGGAGCCAAAAGAACCCAUGGCAGGAAUAUAACUACCUCCAGCAAACAAACACAGCGGAGUAUAACAAUCUACUGGAGACGCUGCACUCGCUUAAGGAGAAAGGAACAGGAAACUCGAGCCUAUUGGCCGAGACACGCGCCGCUCUCACGCGUCUGAACCAACAGGCCAAUCAGCUCGCUUUUGACUCAGUGUUUCUGCAAAUCAAACAGCAGCUUUUUCUUCUCAACAAACCAGAGGGUCGCAGCUCUGUCGAUUUGAGCGAAACACUGGCUGAUGAUCUACCGGCAUUCAGUUUGUCACCGCAGGAGUACAUCACUAAUAUUGGACAGUAUAUCAUGUCUUUGCCUUUGCAUUUGGAACCAUUUGUGGCUCAAGAGGAUCCAGCACUUGAACUUGCCUUACAUACCGGCAAACUCCCAUACCCACCAGAACAAGGUGAUGAUGUUCCAGAGCUUGAAAAUACUGCAGACUAUUGGCUGGGGUCUAUCGCCAGGGCAACCAUGCAGACCUAUUGUGAUGUCAUCCUACAGAUUCCUGAACUGAACCCACAUGCGACUAAACAGCUUGCGACUGACAUCGAUUACUUGAGUAACGUCGUUGAUUCAUUAGGUCUGCAAACUUCCAGAACCCUGCAGAAUAUCCUCACCCUUCUCCGUGCCAAACCGGAGGAAUACCGUCAGACGGCCAAGCCCCUCCCACGCAGACUCUCAUCCUCAAUCGCCGGCAUGCGGGGUCUGGAGUACUGAUACAGGACUUUGAGAUGAGUAGAUGGGUGCAUUUAUGAUGAAGGAUCUUUGUUGAUGGAGCAUUAACACCAAAAUGUGAAACCAAACUGAUCUGAUGUACCCAGCAAAUACAGAGUAAAUCUUUAAAUGGGAAACUUUUGUAACUAAGCUUUUAAAAAUGUUCUUUCUUUCUUUCUUGCGUUCUUUAAACAAAUGCUUAUUUUAAUUGUCUGUUUGGGGGAAAAUGCAUAGAAUGUGCAGAAAAUAAAAAUGUAAAUACAUUUUGAAUGUGCUGAAAUUUAUCAGAUCCUGGGAUUUAAAGGUUAGAAAUGUUAUGGGAUCAGGUUUUGAAUAUUUACUUUAAAGUUCAGCAUGUUUACUACUAAUCUUGAUUAAGAUGAAAGCCUAUAGGUCACUGUAAAUAUCUGACUUCAUAUUUCUGUUCUUUGCUCAUCAGAGAAGUUCAUUCAGAACUUAUUUAUAUCUGUCUAUUUAACAAAAUAAACCAUCUGAAAAGUU